AGCUUGUAUAAAGGUUAAUCCAACCUUUCACUUUCAGUCCCCUUAACAAUUAUUAUUUUCAGUUUUCAAUACCAUUUCUCUUCGAGAAGUGCGCUCUGGAUUUUCUACCUCUCGCUGCUUCACCUAUAUUUCUUAGCUUUUCCAUUAACACUGAGGAGGAGAAAGGAAGAGAAAGAGAGAGAGAGCUCUGUUUUCUUGCUUCUGCUUCUCUCUGUUUUCUUGUUUCUGCUUCUCUCACUUUUAAUUUUUCAUUCACAUUUUUGGAUGUUUCUUCAUUCUCUUUGGGUCCCCAAACACUUGUGAUUUUCCUUACAGGGACCCCAUGUUGAUAUAUCUCAUGAAAACUCCAUCCAUGAUUCCAAUCCCUGUUUCCUAAUUCCUUGCUCUUUUGGGUGGUCUCUUGCUCAUCAUCCCUGAAACGAAACAGAGUCUCCUCUGUUCUACUCUUUUUUACUCUGUUUCCAGUUUCUUUCGAUCGAAUUUUGAUUUGGGAUUUGAUUCUAAAAUCCAUUCCAUCAUGAAAAGCUACACUUCCAUCAGUGUUCUCAUUUUCGCUUUCUUCAUCCUCUUCUCGGCUGCUUCGUGCUCUGAAGAAGCAAUAGAACAAGUUUUAGCUCCAAUGGAGAAAACAGAGCAAGAAGCUCUCUACUCUGCUAUUCAAGGCUUUGUGGGUAAAUGGUGGAAUGGUUCAGACCUCUAUCCGGAUCCUUGUGGAUGGACUCCUAUUCAGGGGGUGUCUUGUGAUCUCUUCAAUGGGCUUUGGUAUGUGACAGCUAUGAACAUUGGACCUGUUCAUGACAACUCUCUUGGUUGUUCCCCAAAUGCAAAAUUCAGACCCCAACUGUUUGAUUUGAAGCACCUAAAAUCCUUGUCCUUCUCCAAUUGUUUCAUCUCACCACACAAACAUCCAGUUCAAAUCCCCACUGAGAAUUGGUGGAAGCUCUCUGAGAGCUUAGAAUCAUUGGAGUUUCGAUCGAAUCCCGGUCUUACUGGGCAAAUUCCCAGUAGCUUUGGUGGCCUCAGAAAGCUCCAAUCUUUGGUGCUAGUAGAGUGUGGGUUAAAUGGUGGGUUACCAAGUAACAUUGGUGACUUGGUACAGUUAAAGAGGCUAGUUCUCUUUGGAAACUGGUUUACAGGUCCAAUUCCUGAUAGUUUUGGUGAAUUAAAUCAGCUCUUAAUCUUUGAUUUGAGCCAAAACUCAUUAUCUGGGCCUCUGCCAGACACUCUUGGAAGCUUGACUUCACUGUUGAAGCUUGAUUUGAGCAACAACUUAUUGGGAGGGUCAAUUUCUCAAGUGGGUGAUCUGAAAAACCUGACCCUUUUGGACCUGAGGAACAACAACUUCUCAGGUGGGUUGACCAAGUCAAUUCAAGAGAUGCAUUCCUUGGAAGAGAUGGCCUUGUCCAACAACCCAAUUGGUGGAGACCUCAAUACCAUAGAAUGGCAAAACAUGGAUAAAUUGGUCAUUUUGGAUCUCUCUAAAACAGGGUUAACAGGGGAGAUUCCAGAGUCUAUAUCAGAGUUAAAGAGGUUGAGGUUUUUGGGUCUAAAUGACAACAAGCUCAGAGGUAACCUCUCACCAAAGCUUGCAACUUUGCCUUGCGUUAGUGCACUUUACCUACAUGGGAACAACCUGACAGGGGAGCUUAAAUUCUCCGAGUCGUUUUACGCCAAAAUGGGUAGUCGUUUUGGUGCUUGGAACAACUCUAAUCUCUGCUACGUUGAUGCAUUGGUCACAAAGAGCAAUGUACCAUUUGGGGUCAAGCCAUGCCGGGCUGAGGUCACAUUGCUCGAAUCGAAUUCAAAAACAAGGCUGGAAGAUGGGAGUUUGAAUCAAAAUUCCUACUUCACUGCUUCCUUGGGAUUCUCGAGUCGUGGUGGCUUUGAUGGGCUUUGGUGGCUUGGUGGGUUGCUGCAAUUAAUAAUAGUGCUGUUGUUGAAUUGGUUCAUUUAGGUUGUCGCUGAUCUUGUUCAACUCCAGAUUAUAACCAACUCUUUUAGUUUGUAAUAGUAACUUGAUUUGUA